CCUUCAAGCCAAGAAUGAAAAGAACUUUAAGUACACAACUAUGAUUAACAAAUUAGCAAAAAAGGUGGGUAGUGAUUCAAUAACAAAUAUUCCAAAAUGGCUAGAGGUUCUUUUGGAUGAAAAAUUCUUUAAUUCAUGUUUGGUACAUGAAUAUGAGAAAAAGAAUGAAGAAAAUACAUUUUGUUUGGAUUGUUGCCUUACAUUAUGCAUCCAUUGCUUACCUUCUCAUCAAAAUCAUAAACUUUUACAGAUAAGAAGGUAUAUUUAUCAAGAUGUUUUACUAUUGAAAGAAGCUAAUAAAGUCUUAGAUUGCUCCUUUGUUCAACCAUAUACGACAAAUAGUGCUAAGGUUGUGUUCUUAAAUCAAAGGCCAAUUUCAAGACAAGAUAUCAAGUGUUCAAUUAAUUACACUUGUAUUACAUGUCACAAAAGCCUUCAACGCCCAAAUAAAUUUUGUUCCAUCUCAUGCAAGGUACAAUACAUGAUAAGUUGCUCUAAUGUGAAGUCGAUUAUAAAAUAUCAAAAGUUCAUAAGCAACUGUGAAAGUUUAUUGAAACUUAUUGAAGAUCAAAAGACAAGUUCCUCUUGCUCAACCUCAACCAGUCUUGUUGCAGUCACUCUUAAAUCUUCGAUAACCGACUCUAAUCAUACAUCGAUAAAUGUGUCAACUUGCUCGUCAGCAUCUGAUGGCUCAUGCGUGCAUCGGCGAAAGGGCGUGCCACAAAGGUCUCCCUUGUGUUAGAUUCAUAAUACACAAGUUAUUUACGUUGUAGUAGUCAAAUUUUAUUAAAAGAGUUCAAAUAUGAAGAAUUCAACACACACGUAAAGAGAUCAGAAGCUGUUCAACAUCUAAUAUAUAUAUAUAUAUAUAUAUAUAUAUAUAUAAAAUAAUUUAAAUUAUGUAUAAAUAGUGUAUUUUGAACUCCUCGACACUUCUUGACUCCGCCUUUGCACUAGAAUUGACAACUCUACGCUUGUAGAUUUUAUUUUAUUUUUGUUUUAUUGUGCGAAGGUAGCACAAAUAUAUACAAGUGUGGGGCUUCUUAUACGACGGAUUAUUA